UCGCACACAGACCCUGGCGGUGUCGCAUCCCCUUCUAAAUUCUCAUCCGCUUUAUCGCUCCCAUUCUGUUUCUCUCUUGCGGAUUGAGACAGACAGGAAACGCACGCCCAGCGGAAUUAUUUGGAUUUUCCGGCGCUGCAGAAUCUGUGACUUCUUUGAUCUUUGGUUUUUGGAUCUUCUUCUUCUCCGGCUUUCCUUUUCUUUUGUGUGUGAUUGGGGGAGGAGAUCCUGUAGCUUCUCUCCUCUUCUGUCUUGGCUCGAGAUCCGGGCCAGGCACAGAAGAAUCGGAUUCAGUUUCUUUAUUCGAGUUAUCUCACUUCACUAGGUGCUUGGCAGAGAGAAACAAGGUACCGGUCUGAAUUUCGGCCGUUUCGGUUCGGGCCGAUAUUUUGACUGUAUCGGCAUAUAUUGGAACCGAAAUUUUGACUGUAUUGGCAUAUAUUUCGGGCUGCAUCAGCUGAUAUUUUGACUUUUACAUUUUUUUUUUCAUUUCUUCAAACUGUAAAUUUUAAUUUCCAAUUUAGACAAGAUUUUUAUAAUAUAUAUAUAUAUAUAUAUAUAUUUAUAUAUAAUUUAUAAACUAUUAUUUUGAAAUAUAAUUUAUAUAUAUUUAUACAUAUAAUUUAUUUAUUGACUAUUUUGAAACGUAUGGUUAUUGAAAUAUUUCGUUGUGCCUUGACUGUUACGCUUCCGGUAUGAUAUUCAAAAUACUUGGGAGUUAUAUUCUGUUUCGAUUAGGAGAAAAGGUGUGGGAACGAAAUGGAAUAAACAAUAAGGACUUGUGUGCUCACUUUCUCAUUAUUAUUGCGCUCUCUGUAUAAGCUGGAUUGUAUAGUGUAAAUGGCCUCGAACAAACGAUUUCUGACGGAUGAACAGAGGGCACUGUUGACGAUAGCGAGCCAGAAUGUGGAGAGUUUGUCAUCUUCUCCGAAAUCCUCCACAUCUUUGCUUUCUGAACAUAUCGUGAAGGCUAAUGCUGGUGGCAAGGCCCAAACUGCUGGUAUUGCUGUGAGGCAUGUGCGCCGGUCGCACUCGGGGAAGCUUGUGCGUGUGAAGAAGGAUGGUGCUGGUGGCAAAGGCACAUGGGGAAAACUCCUUGACACUGAUGUUGAAUCUCAUCUUGAUCAGAAUGACCCAAAUUAUGACAGUGGCGAGGAACCAUAUCAGCUUGUGGGAUCAACUGUACCAGACCCCUUGGAUGAAUACAAGAGAGCUGUUGUCUCCGUUAUAGAGGAAUAUUUCAGCACUGGAGAUGUGGAUUUGGCAGCUUCUGACCUCAGAGAAAUAGGAUCAAGUGAAUAUCAUCCUUACGUUAUUAAGCGGCUUGUUUCCAUGGCCAUGGACAGACAUGAUAAGGAGAAGGAAAUGGCUUCUGUUCUGCUUUCAGCUUUGUAUGCCGAUGUCAUUAGUCCUAACCAGAUAUGUGACGGAUUUUUCAUGCUUCUUGAAUCUGCUGACGACCUUGCAGUGGACAUACUGGAUGCAGUUGACAUCCUCGCCUUGUUCCUGGCUCGUGCUGUGGUUGAUGACAUUGUUCCUCCAGCUUUCCUGACCCAGGCGAAGAAGGGACUGCCUGAAUCUUCCAAGGGCUUUCAGGUUAUCCAAAUUGCUGAUAAGAGCUAUCUCUCAGCUCCACACCAUGCAGAACUUGUGGAGAAGAGGUGGGGCGGUAGCACUCACAUCACUGUUGAGGAAGUGAAGAAAAAGAUUGCUGACCUGUUGAGGGAAUAUGUGGAAAGUGGAGACACUAUCGAGGCCUGUAGGUUCAUAAGGGAGUUAGGAGUUUCAUUCUUCCAUCAUGAGGUUGUUAAGAGGGCUUUGGUACUUGCCAUGGAGAUUCGAACAGCAGAACCACUAAUAUUAAAGCUAUUAAAGGAAGCAUCUGAGGAAGGCCUGAUAAGUUCCAGUCAAAUGGUAAAGGGUUUCUCUCGGUUGGCAGAGAGCCUUGAUGACCUUGCUCUUGACAUUCCAUCAGCAAAAGCCUUGUUCCAGUCACUUGUUCCCAAGGCAAUCUCUGAAGGAUGGCUUGAUGCUUCAUUUGUGAAGUCCUCGGCAGAAGAUGGAGAGGUACCAGAUGAUGCAAAGGUGAGGCGGUAUAAGGAAGAGGUUGGGACAAUAAUUCAUGAAUAUUUUCUCUCAGAUGAUAUUCCUGAACUCAUCCAGAGCCUUGUAGAUCUUGGGGCACCUGAGUAUAACCCAAUUUUUUUAAAGAAGCUGAUCACACUUGCUAUGGAUAGGAAGAACAGAGAGAAAGAAAUGGCAUCUGUUCUACUGGCCUCUCUGCAAAGUGAGAUCUUCUCAAGUGAAGAUAUAGCUAAUGGUUUUGUCAUGCUUUUGGAAUCUGCUGAAGAUACAGCCCUGGACAUUCUGGAUGCUUCAAAUGAACUCUCUCUGUUUCUUGCUAGGGCUGUGAUUGAUGAUGUCUUAGUUCCACAUAAUUUAGAAGAGAUGAGCAGCAAGUUGUCACCGAAUUCCAGUGGGAGUGAGACUGUACGGAUGGCCAGAGCACUCCUCUCUGCCCGUCAUGCUGGUGAGAGAAUCUUGAGGUGUUGGGGAGGGGGGAGUGGCUGGGCUGUGGAGGAUGCCAAGGACAAGAUCUUAAAGCUUCUAGAGGAGUAUGAAAGCGGGGGUGUUGUUGCCGAAGCCUGCCAAUGUAUUCGUGAUCUUGGCAUGCCGUUCUUUAACCAUGAGGUGGUGAAGAAGGCAUUGGUUAUGGCUAUGGAAAAGAAGAAUGACAGAAUGCUGGAUCUUCUCCAGGAAUGUUUCACUGAAGGGCUGAUCACGAUCAACCAGAUGACAAAAGGCUUCGCCCGGAUCCUGGAUGGGCUCGACGAUCUUGCCCUUGACAUUCCAAAUGUACGGGAGAAAUUCAGCUUUUAUGUAGAGCACGCCCAGAAGAAGGGGUGGCUCCUACCAUCCUUUGGUUCAUCGGCUACAGAUGAUUCGCUAACUCGAGCUGCAGCUUCUUGAGAAAAGCAUAUGUUUUCAUUUGUUAUUCUCAUGCAUGUUGUCAUUUACCUGAUUUUACAAAUGAAAUGAUGCUUUGCGCUUUCAACGGCGAGUCAGAGGUAUGGGAUGCUUGGAUUCCUGAUGUAUUCUCCGGCUGAUGUAUAAAUUUGUUUUUUUUUUUAAAUGAAUUUUAUUGACAGAUUGUUAGGGUUUUUUUGUUUUUUUUUUUUUUAUUGCAUGCAAUAUGAUGGCCAGGGUUAUAUUUUUCUUCAACA